UUUCAGAAUGCAGAUAGUUGCUGGCCAAACAAUCCUUGCUCAGAGAAAAUAAGAUGUAUUCCGUUAAAAUCAAAUGAUUAUGUUUGCUUAAAAUACGGCUUAUCCGACGAAACAUUUCUGACGAAUAUAUCUUCACCAGGUUUCCCAAAUAUGUAUGAACACAAUAUGAAUGAAACUUGGAAGAUUGAAGCUGAAAUUUGUAAUAAAGUCAUCUUACGGUUCACAUCCUUCGACUUAGAAUCCUGCUGUGACUAUGUAAAGGUCUAUGAAUGUGAUGUUAACAGACUUUUAGGUAGCUUUAAUGGUGAGGAACUACCACCAGAAGUUCGAUCAAUCGGAAAUUGUAUAUCUAUUAUCAUGACCACGGACGGUUCCGUCACCAAAGCUGGAUUCAGUGCUAAUAUUUACAAGUUCACACCCUAAACAGAAAAUAUGACUAAGUCGUGGACAACAUUUAUUGUAACAACUUCUUUAGCGACUUAAUGAAAAAAGCACAUUCAUUGUUUAAUUAUUUAUAACAAACUUUUACAUAUUAUAUGUCAAGGUCCAGUAUUACCAUAAAACUUUCACGGUUGGUCUGUCUGUUGUAUACAAUUCCUAGCUGAUUGAAAUAUAUGGCCAAACUAAUCAGACUCAACAUAACUAUAAAGUUAAGAAAGAAAUAUGAUAAAUUAAAUGGUA